AUGGAUCCAUUCGUUGAAAAAGAGAACCAAAUCCCCCUUAUCACCAAAAAUGACAAGAAAAGAAAACAACACACACCUAUAACUCCUUCAUUAGCUAAGACUGUUAUCAGAAGAAAGGUUGAAGCUCCAAAACUCACCUUUGCAAAUGAUGAUAUGAGAAAGUUAUCAUACAACAAAUGGUUACUUGAACAAGAGAUGAAAAAGAAUGAUGAACUCAUGAAGUUUGCCGAAUUGGAAGAGAAAUUUAAGUCUUAG